AUGGGCAAGGGCUCCUUCAAGUACGCCUGGGUGCUGGACAAGCUGAAGGCCGAGCGUGAGCGUGGUAUCACCAUCGACAUCGCUCUGUGGAAGUUUGAUACCACAAACUACAGCGUGACCAUCAUUGAUGCUCCUGGACACAGGGACUUCAUCAAGAACAUGAUCACUGGAACCUCUCAGGCUGACUGCGCCGUGCUGAUCGUUGCUUCUUCCACUGGUGAGUUCGAGGCUGGUAUCUCCAAGAACGGCCAGACCCGUGAGCACGCCCUGCUGGCCUACACCCUGGGUGUGAAGCAGCUCAUCGUUGGUGUCAACAAGAUGGACAACACGGAGCCACCUUACAGCCAGAAGCGUUUUGAGGAAAUCACCAAGGAAUUGAAAUCCUACGUCAAGAAAGUCGGCUACAACCCGGCUGCUGUUGCCUUUGUCCCCAUCUCUGGAUGGCACGGAGACAACAUGAUAGAGCCUAGUCAAAAUAUGAGCUGGUACACCGGAUGGAAGGUUGAGCGCAAGGAGGGUACUGCCAGUGGAACCACACUGCUGGAAGCUCUGGACUCCAUCCUGCCUCCUUCCCGCCCCACAGACAAGCCUCUGCGUCUGCCCCUGCAGGACGUCUACAAAAUCGGAGGUAUUGGAACUGUACCCGUCGGUCGUGUUGAGACUGGGAUCCUGAAGCCUGGUAUGCUCGUCACCUUCGCUCCCCCCAAUCUGACCACUGAGGUGAAGACUGUGGAGAUGCACCACGAGUCUAUGUCUGAGGCUAUCCCCGGUGACAACGUUGGCUUCAACAUCAAGAACGUGUCAAUCAAAGAGAUCCGUCGUGGAAACGUUGCUGGAGACAGCAAGAACUGCCCUCCUUCAGGAACUGCAAGCUUCAUCUCCCAGCUCAUCAUCUUGAACCACCCCGGAGAGAUCCAUAAUGGUUACAGCCCAGUGCUGGAUUGCCACACAGCGCACAUCGCCUGCAAAUUCAGGGAAAUUAAAGAGAAGAUCGACCGUCGUUCUGGUAAGACGCUCGAACAGAACCCCAAGAUGAUCAAGUCUGGAGAUUCUGCCAUCAUCCUCAUGGAGCCUUUAAAACCCUUGGUUGUUGAGGCCUUCUCCGACUUUCCCCCACUGGGUCGCUUUGCCGUGCGAGACAUGAGGCAGACUGUGGCCGUCGGUGUCAUCAAGUCUGUGGAGAAGAGCCUCCCCAGCUCUGGAAAGGUCACCAAGUCUGCACAGAAGAUUGAAAAGAAGAAAUAA